AUGGGUUCCAUAACAAAUACUACUAACAAACCACAUGUGGUAUGUAUUCCUUACCCAGCCCAAGGCCACAUCAACCCAAUGAUGAAACUAGCUAAGCUCCUUCAUUCCAAGGGCUUCCACAUCUCAUUCGUGAACACCCAUCACAACCAUAACCGUUUGCUUCAAUCUCGCGGCACUUCUUCUCUCGACGGCCUGAUCGAUUUUCGUUUCUACUCGAUCCCUGAUGGCCUUCCACCUUCCGAUGCGGAAGCCACCCAGUCUAUCCCUGCCAUAUGUGAAUCCGUUCCUAAGCAUAGUUUGGAACCCUUUUGUGAUCUCAUUACUAAGCUUAAUGAGGUGAUGCCCCCAGUGAGUGGUAUCAUUUCGGAUGGGGGCAUGAGCUUCACACUUGAAGCGGCUGAGAGGUUUGGGUUGCCAGAGGUUCUGUUUUGGACCACAAGUGCUUGUGGGUUGUUGGCUUACACUCACUACCGUGAUCUUGUUCAAAGGGGUUAUACUCCCCUCAAAGAUUUGAGUGAUAUAACAAACGGUUAUUUAGAAAAAACCUUGGAUUGGAUUCCUGGGAUGAGUAACAUAAAGUUAAAGGACAUACCGAGCUUCAUUCGAACCACAGAUGAAAACGACAUCAUGCUCAACACUCUUAUCAAGGACACUGCUGCAAUCCCAAGAGGAUCGGCGAUUAUUCUUAACACAUUCGACGCCUUGGAACAAGAUAGGGUUAAACCCUUACUAGCUUUGAAUCCAAAUAUCUUCACCAUAGGCCCAUUACACAUGAUGCAACAAUAUGUUCACAACGAACAACUUAAAAACGUUGGAUCCAACCUAUGGAAGGAAGAUGUUAGUUGCAUUAGUUGGCUCGACACAAAAGAACCUGGCUCGGUUGUUUACGUAAACUUUGGAAGUAUUACUGUGAUGACAAAAGAACAACUGAUUGAGUUCGGAUGGGGGCUCGGAAAUAGCAAGAAGGAUUUCUUGUGGAUAACCAGACCUGACAUUGUUGGAGGCAAUGAAGCCAUGAUGCCGCCAGAGUUCGUGUAUGAGACCAAAGAGAGAGGCAUGGUCACUAGUUGGUGCCCUCAAGAAGAGGUUAUGAAGCACCGGGCAAUAGGAGGAUUCUUGACGCACUGUGGAUGGAACUCGACUAUCGAGAGUAUUAGUUGUGGUAUUCCAAUGGUUUGUUGGCCAUUUUUUGCCGAACAACAGACGAAUUGUCGGUAUUGUUGUAUAGAAUGGGAAAUUGGUAUGGAAAUCGAUACGGAUGUCAAGAGGGAGGAGGUUGAAAAUCAAGUGAGGGAGAUGAUGGAUGGAGAGAAAGGGAAGACAAUGAGAAGCAAGUCUUUAGAAUGGAAACGGAAAGCCAAAGAAGCCGUUGAUGUUGGUGGAUCAUCCUAUCUCAACUUUGAUAGAUUAAUCAACAAUGUUCUCUUGAAAAAUUAG